CCGGUCAUGUUCGCCAACACAUAACCCCACAACGGACGCACGAUUCUGCCAGACUUCCCGUAAACUUUUCACUCCCACACCGCGGCGUGAUCUGAGUCGCUAGGCACAGAAGCUGCUUGGCCUUUUCUCUGUUUGUUUCAUCCCUUCUUGUUUUCUUUCUUUUUUUUUUAAUGUGAUUAGGAAACCGCCAGCGAUGUCGGCCCCGAUGUGGCUAUUAACGGACCCCCUGAACAAGCAGCUGGUACUGCAACACUGGGAGCACUGGAUCCCGUUGAGACCUCUGCAGCGAUCACUCAUGGAGCAUUUGCACCUUGGCUUCCAGGAACUCUCACAGAUUAUGCAGAAUAGAGCGAGAGUUUCGAGGCUCGCCCACGACCAAACAGGGCAAGAGUACCUCCGCCGUAUGGAGGAGUUGGGGGAGGAUCCACCGAUGGGGCAGGAAGAGGAAUGGUGGGCGGAAUGGGCUGCACUGCACUCAGAAUGGGCGGGGUGGCAGGCGCGAGACGCAGAACUGUGGGGGCUGAGCUCCAAGGUCAAAUGGGUUAGGAACGCGGAGCGCACGAGUAAGAUGUUCUUCGAACAGAUGAAGAAAGCGCACCACUCACCCCUGAUCCUCUCCAUGAACCACCCCUUCGACCCGUUGCAGCCGAAGGCAGGAAACACGGUCGAAGUCUUGAAUUACGUGGAACUUUUCUAUAAGGAACUGUACAAGGAGGAGGAGGAGUGGUCGCAGGAGGAUAUGAAGGACCUCCCGCUAGAAGAAGUCUGGUCUAAAUGCUCUACAUCGAUCACAGCGGAGCAGAAAGAAGCCUUGGACGGACCCAUAACCCUGGAGGAAGUGACAGGGGUGUUAGCGAUGAUGCAGAAGGGCAAAGCACCAGGCCCGGAUGGCAUGCCAGUGGAGUAUCUGAUGGUGGCGGCUCAGGCUGUUCUUCCGGCCAUAUGCGAAGCAUUUAACUCCCUGUUCGCAGGGGAGGUACGGCCGCCAUGGACAUUCGGACAAGCGAAAAUCAUUCUACUGUACAAGAAAGGGAGCGUGGAAGACAUCCGGAAUUGGAGACCAAUUUCAUUGUUGUCAGCGCCAUACAAGUUGUACGCAAAGGUGCUCGCGAACAGGGUUGGGAGACUCUUGCCUGGCCUCAUCCACCCUACACAGACGGGUUUUGUUCCCCAUAAACAGAUUCUUGCUAACGUCUUGCUCAUCCGCCAAAUUUUGGAGAUGUCACAGACAGUUGACCCUCCGUUGGCCACACUCUUCUUGGACUUUGAGAAAGCGUAUGAUAGAGUGCGUUGGCCGUUCCUCCUGCAGGGGCUGAGGAUUAGAGGUAUGGGAGAAGUCUUUGUGAAAGCAGUGCAGUCGGUACUGCAAUCAACGGAGGCACGGAUCCAAGAGAACGGCUUUUUCUCGGCACCAUUAAGAGUCACCCGCUCGGUACGCCAGGGAUGUCCGCUGUCCCCGGCUUUAUACAUUUUGUAUGUAGAGCACCUCCACGAAAUGAUUAAAAGGAAUGUGGAAAUCAAGGGCUUUGUGUUGCCAACAGGAGGGGAGGUGAAAUCGAAUGUGUUCGCAGAUGACACAGCCGCUGUAAGUCUGGCCACACAGCAAAGUGUAUCUGCCCUGCGGAAGGAGAUGGCCGGGUUCGAGAAGUUUGCAGGCGCAAAGCUAAACUGGAACAAGUCUGUCGCUGUGGUGCCAGUAACAGUAGAGGGCGAUAUGUUUCAGGACAUGCGCACGCAGGACCCAGGAGUGCAACUUUCGUACCUGGGGAUUAGACUACCAGCAGCCUUAGCAACAGGUCAGCAGCUGGAGGACUUGCUCCACCUGGCAGUCACACGCAUGGUGGCAUGGGGUAAGCGGGCUGCGUAUGGGGUCUUUGGGAAGGUCCUGAUUGUGAACAAUGCUGUGUCAUCAACCCUCUGGUAUGCCGGGGCGGUAUCGGACCCCACGAAGAGAGCCUGGAAAGAAUUCAAGAAGGCACUCCGGAAAUUCCUGUGGAAAGACGAUCCACAUGCUCCCCAUUUGAUAUACCGGGUCCGAUGGGAGAAGUUGGUGCAACCGAGAGCUGCGGGAGGCUUGGGUCUCCUGGACCCGCGACUCCAAGUUGUGGCCUUACAAAUGAGAACGGUGGUCUGGCUGUUGUUGGAAGAAGACGAGGCGCCUUGGAAAAUAGUCACCUUGCAGGGAAUGGCGGAGGCUAUCAGGGUGCACCCGGCGGAUGUGGAAAUAGCACUCCUAUACCCCCAACUAUUGGGCGGCCUCCGCCGAGGAUCCCUGUGGACUCCGGUGUUGGAAAAGUGGCGAGCGGCGCCGCUGCGACAUACCAUCCCAAGCACAUGCCAGCAAAUCCUUCAGCAGACUCUAUUUGGCAACCGGUUCAUAAUAGGCCAAGGGAGCGGAUUUCCAUGGCAAGGGCACCCGGUUGCCUUCGGGAGGCAAUGGAUGAGGUGCGGAAUCUACCGAAUCGCGGACAUUUGGGAUGUCAAUGCAGGCACCUGGAGGGAGGAGGAGCAUAUUCUCCGACAGCUUGACCACCAGCCCCAGAAGAAGGAUAGACUGGAGGCCAUCAAGCGAGCAAUCCCGUAGGAAUGGGUUGACGGCCUGAGGACCAAUGAGAGAAUGAGGGGGGAGUGGGUGGUACUUAAAUCACAGGAGA